AUGAGUAACCUCAAAAGCUCAACCAGAUUCCAACUUCUUGAGAUCAACUUAGUCUCAGCCUAUGAUCUCAAACCACCAAGAACCAUGUUCACUUCCAGAAAAGAUCACCAUCAGAUUUACGCCGUAGUUUGGAUUGACCCGAAACAGAAGCUCAAGUCUCGGGUACUCGACGCCGCGAGGUUCGAAAACGCGAGGUCGAACGACAAGUUCGUGUUCGUCGUCGACGCCAAAACACUCGACAGUUGGAGUGCUGCUCAGCUCGUGGUCGAGUUCUACUGUGUUGGAAGAUUCGGGAACGACAGGGGAUUUGAUAUUCGACGUCCGAAUGGAGAUGCUAAAGGGAUUUUGCACAUUGGAAUAACGAUCUUGGAUGGACUUGCUUGUGAUGCGAUCAGUGAUCAGUUUGUGGGGAUAGGAUCGCCCAUUGAUUGUCAGAAGUUGACCGGAGUCGGAGCCGCGGCCAACAAGAAGGAUAACAAGGGUGCUGCAGCUUUCAUCAGAAGGAUUUUUUCGUUGCAUGGUUGA